AUGAUGGAUGCGAUAUACUACUAUAGACUCGGGAAAUCCUGUUAUCACGCGUCGCGUGCUGGUGAUGGCUCCAUAGCCCGAGGCGCACGCGAUCAUAUCCAAACACAAUUCCACAUUCGCUUUGCGCCGUGGAACCAACAAACAUCUGAGGAGGUGGAUACCAAUUUUGGGGACACUGGGCGUGUCAAGUUAGUCACCAGGACCCCGUGGAUUUUGUCACCUGGGAAGGCGAAUCCACAGCAAAGAUGCUUCUCCGUCUGCCCCCCCAGCUUGCACUACCCCAUCACUAUCACAUCAUUGUUGAAGAAGGAAGGUGAUAGUGUGGAGAGAGAUGAGGCGCUGCUUUGGUAUAUCUACGAGGCCGUCAAUGAAGAGUAUGAUUUGUGGGGUGUUCUGAAACCCGUACUGCGCAAAUAUCCGACUCGGUUUGAGUCCACUGUUGAUGGUCAGAUUGGCGAGUGGAAGCUUUCAAAGGGUGAUGUCAUUAAUGGACCAUCAUCUUACAACACCGAGGUUAUGGACUCUGUUCGCGCCCCGAUCCAUAUGUCCCAUGACAACACCACUUUGACAGUCAGUCAGAAGGAGGCCACUCGUGUCGAAGAAGAUGCAAAGCGUCGUCUUUUGGCAUCCCGACGUCUAUCUCUCGUUGUUGAUCUUGAUCAAACCAUUAUCCACGCCACUGUCGAUCCAACUGUUGGUGAAUGGAAAGAAGACAAGGACAACCCCAACUACGAAGCACUGAAGAAUGUUAAACAGUUCCGACUGAUUGAUGAUGGUCCCGGAAUGCGCGGCUGUUGGUACUACAUCAAACUGCGGCCCGGGCUGGAAGAUUUCUUGCAGAAUGUCGCCGAGCUUUACGAAUUGCACAUUUACACCAUGGGUACUCGUGCUUAUGCGCAGCAUAUUGCCGAUAUCAUUGACCCGAAUCGCAACCUUUUUGGCGAUCGCAUUCUCAGUCGAGACGAAAGUGGCAGUCUGACAGCUAAGAACCUUCAGCGUUUGUUCCCGGUUGAUACCAAGAUGGUCGUCAUUAUCGAUGAUCGUGGUGACGUGUGGCGAUGGAACCAGAACCUCAUCAAGGUCUCCCCCUAUGACUUUUUCGUGGGAAUUGGUGACAUCAAUUCCAGUUUCUUGCCUCAAAAGCAAGAGCUUGGUGCGACAAAUAAGGCUGCGCUUGAGGCAGCUAAGACGGAAGCUAAAGAACAUAAUGUCAACGGUACAGCUGCGAAAUCCGAAGAUGAGAACCAGGUCUCUGCAUUAGAACAAUUGGUGACAAUGGGAGGUGGUGACGACCCGAGACUGCUGCAAGAGCAAACAAAUGCUCAAGAGGAGACAAUAUUGCAUCAGGUGGAAGACCGACCGCUGCUCCAGAAACAGAAAGAAUUAGAUGCGGAGGAUGAUGCCUCUGCCGAUAGUAGCGAGUCAACUUCCAGCAUUGAUGAACCCCUGGAGAACAGGCAACGACAUCACCUUCUCGAAGAUCAUGAUCGGGAACUUUUCCAAUUGCAGGCCCGACUCGAGCAAGUACAUCUGCAGUUUUUCGAAGAAUACGACAAGAGACGUACCAGUGAGCUUGGAGGCCGUGUGGCGGCCUUGAGGGGAGAGAAGCCAACAUUCAAAGACAAGGAUGUUGAUUUGAAGUUGGUUCCUGAUGUCAAGGAGAUCAUGCCACAGAUCAAAUCGCGAAUUCUUGGAGGCAUUGUAGUGGUUUUCUCUGGCGUUCUGCCUCUCGGCACGGACACACAGAAUGCUGAUAUUUCCCUCUGGUCCAAGACUUUCGGAAUCGUGAUUGCGUCUAAAAUCAACCGCCGCACUACCCAUCUGGUCGCUGGCCGAAACCGCACCGCAAAGGUCCGUGAAGCCACACGUUACCCUGAUCUCAAGAUUGUCACCACGCAAUGGCUUCUGGACUGCUUGACGAAUUGGAGGCAUCUUGACGAGGAGCCAUAUCUACUUCCUGUCCAUCCCGAUGACCGUGGCGAGUUACUCUCACCUGGAUCGCGAGAACUCGCAGAAACUUCCUGGCUAUCGUCUUCUGAUGAGGCGACAGGCUCCGUUCUCACUGAUGAUGAGGGAAAUCAAGAGUCAGAGGACCUGUUCAAGGACACUGGGUUAGACUCGACUUCACCUAUUGGGUAUGACGAAGAUGAACAGGCUGCUGUGCAUGACGAACUAAAGGAGUUCCUCGGCAGCGACGACGAGAGUGAAAGCGAUACGGAUGCAUGGGGCGAAGAACCCACUGCAGCUAGCAAGAAGCGCAAGCGCGGAGAAGGAAAUGAUGGAGCUGUAGAUGAAGAGUCUAUCGAGGAUGAGGAUGAGGAUCAGCAAGGUUCACGUCUGUCGCAGCGCAUCAAGCGUUCAUAUGAACGAAGCACCGGUCUUCGCGAAGUUUCAAGUGCAGCACCCGUCGAACAGCAAGAGCGAGAUGGCAAGGCAGAGUCUGGCGAUAUUCCUGAUGAUGUUUAUCCCGAGAAUCCAGACGAGGAUGAAGAUGAUCUAGAGCGAGAGAUGCUUGCAGCGUUUGAAGAUAAUGAAUACGAUGAGAACCCAGAGGAGACGACGGAGAAUGUCUAA